AUGGUUUCAUCUAGCUCUGCAAUCUGUUGUGCUAUUGUGAUUGUUGCUUCUUUUUUCAUAGAGCUAGCAGGGAAGCAAGCUGACCAAAACCUUGAGACUUUCAGAGAGCUAAGCCACAAUGCCACUGCAGCUAAGAUGAAAGUGGAGUUUGAUGCCUGUGUGAGAUUUUACAAGGAGGUGAGGCCCCAAAUCCAAGCAGCACAUCUCUUGUCACAGAAGAGACAGUACGAGAACAAUUCAGCUUUGCUUCAAGCAAAUGAGUUUGCGUUAAGAUGUUCAUUAGGCAUCUCUGUUGACUUACUGGAAAUUAAUGAGCUUCAAGAAUCUGUGCUUUUAAAGCUGGACACUUCAAUCAAUGUGAACCGAUAUAUUGUUCUAGCGCAGCUAAAUAAGUUUUAG